AGCCCAGCCGGGGAGGCUGCGGGAGAGCCGGCAGCGCUCGGGGAGAGCACACCGGCCCCGGCCCCAGCGCCAGCGCCAGCCCCGGCCCCGGCCGGAGCAGCCGCCGCCCGCCAUGGGCACCGCGCCCCGCGGUGGGUCUGUGAAGGCAGGGAAGAUGCCAGAAGGGGAGAAAACGAGACAAUGUAAGCAAGAAGAGGAGCAGCUGCAGAAAGAAGAGAAGCAGGAGGGUCUCAUCGAAUUCUACAGUUCCUACCAGGAGCUAUUCCAGUUUUUCUGCAGCAACACAACCAUCCAUGGGGCUAUUCGCCUGGUGUGCUCCAAAAAGAAUAAGAUGAAGACAGCUUUCUGGUCUGUUCUCUUCUUUCUCACCUUCGGCUUAAUGUACUGGCAGUUUGGGAUCCUCUACAGGGAGUACUUCAGCUACCCUGUCAACCUCAACCUCAACCUGAACUCUGACAGGCUCACUUUCCCAGCCGUGACGCUGUGCACCCUCAAUCCAUACAGAUACAGCGCCAUCCGAAAGAAGCUGGAUGAGCUGGACCAAAUCACCCAUCAGACACUGCUAGACCUUUAUGACUACAACAUGUCUCUGCCACGAAGCGACUGGUCCACCCUGUCAACACAAAAGCGUAGCUCAAGGAGCCUGCUCCAUCAUGUCCAGCGCCAUCCUUUGCGGAGGCAGAAGAGGGAUAACUUAGUCAACUUGCCGGAGAACAGUCCCUCAGUGGACAAGAAUGACUGGAAAAUUGGCUUUGUUCUGUGCAGUGAAAACGGCAAGGACUGCUUCCAUCAGGCGUACUCCUCAGGAGUGGAUGCCGUGCGGGAAUGGUACAGCUUUCACUAUAUCAAUAUCCUGGCACAGGUGCCUGAUGCAAAAGCCCUGGAUGAGUCUGACUUCGAGAAUUUCAUCUAUGCUUGCCGCUUCAAUGAAGCAACAUGUGACAAGGCGAAUUAUACCCACUUCCACCAUCCCAUGUAUGGGAACUGCUAUACCUUUAAUGACAACAGCAGCAACCUGUGGACAUCCUCGCUGCCUGGGAUCAAUAAUGGUCUCUCUCUGGUGGUGCGCACAGAACAGAAUGAUUUCAUCCCUCUGUUGUCCACGGUGACAGGAGCCAGGGUCAUGGUCCACGAUCAGAAUGAGCCAGCCUUCAUGGAUGAUGGGGGUUUCAACGUGCGUCCUGGUAUCGAGACCUCCAUCAGCAUGAGAAAGGAGAUGACUGUGCGUCUUGGGGGCAGUUACAGUGACUGCACAGAGGAUGGCAGUGACGUGCCGGUGCAAAAUCUGUACUCAUCCCGCUACACCGAACAGGUCUGCAUUCGCUCCUGCUUUCAGCUGAACAUGGUCGAGCGCUGUGGCUGUGCCUAUUACUUUUACCCCUUACCCGAAGGAGCAGAGUACUGUGACUAUACAAAGCACGUGUCUUGGGGCUACUGCUAUUACAAACUCCUGGCUGAAUUCAAAGCCGAUGUGCUGGGCUGUUUCCACAAAUGUCGGAAACCUUGCAAAAUGACAGAAUACCAGCUGUCAGCUGGAUACUCCCGCUGGCCUUCCGCUGUCUCAGAGGACUGGGUUUUUUACAUGCUUUCACAACAGAACAAAUACAACAUCACAUCCAAGAGGAACGGAGUUGCCAAAGUGAAUAUCUUUUUUGAGGAGUGGAACUACAAGACCAAUGGGGAGUCUCCGGCCUUCACGGUAGUGACUCUGCUGUCCCAGCUUGGGAACCAGUGGAGUCUCUGGUUUGGAUCCUCUGUCUUGUCUGUGAUGGAGCUUGUAGAGCUGAUUCUGGAUUUCAUCGCCAUCACCUUUAUCUUGGCCUUCCGCUGGUUCCGUUCCCGGCAGAAGCUCUCUCCUCCGGGACCCUCUCCAAACAGUCAUGACAACACUGCAUUCCAGGACGAGACACCAGGUCUCGGUUCUCCACAUCGCUUCACUGUUGAGGCUGUAGUGACCACACUGCCAUCCUAUAACAGCCUGGAACCACGUGGGCCAAGCAGGGAUGGUGAGGUGGGACACGACUGA